AUGUGCAAAUUCUACGCCCACUCGCACCCUUGCGGCCACGUCAAGACCGUCUUUGCCAACUUCUGCACCCAGGGAGCCAUGAUGCAAAAGUACUGUGGCAAAGGCGAAAUCUGGCAGACGGUGAAGAUUGAGAAGGAUUGUAGGGAGUGUUAUGAGGAGCCGGAACCUGCUGUUUCGAGGAGUAAAGCUGGUGCUGGCGCUGYUGGUGCUGGUCGGAGGAAGAUUAGUCGGCGUUGA